CUCCGCCCGGCGGGCCUGUGCCCUCGGCCGCCGCUUCCCAGCCCGCAGGAAGCUUGGCGGCGGGCUGCCCUGGUCCGAGGCGCCGCCAUGGAGGGGCAGAAUGGCAGUGACAGCCCACUCCCAGCCCUGGGCUCGGACACGGGCCCUGUUCCCCCCCCGAGUUCCUCUGGAGCGCCCCUACCCAAGGCACCCUGGCACAAGGCGGACCCGCCCGGAAGUCUAGACUCGGGGGUGAAAGAGCAACUGGUGGGGUUCCUGGCCCUGGCCAUCGAGUGCGGGGACAAGAAGGGGGCGGCCCACGCAGCGGCCACCCUGGCCCACCACCACGUGGCCCUCAGAGUCCAGCUGCAGGAGGCCUGCUUCCCUGCUGGCCCCAUCAGACUGCAGGUCACCGUGGAAGAUGCCGCGUCCUCGGCCCAAGUCCCGCUGCAGGUGCACCCGCACUGCACCAUCGCCGCCCUGCAGGAGCAGGUUUUCUCGGAGUUGGGCUUCCCGCCGGCCGUGCAGCGCUGGGUCAUCGGGCAGCGCCUCUGUGCCCCUGAGCGCAGCCUCGCGUCCUAUGGGGUCAGCAGAGACGGGGACCCCGCAGUCCUCUACCUGCUCUCAGCCCCGCGAGAAGCCCCAGGGCGUGGCCCUCAGCGAGCACCAAAGGCAAGCGGGAGCCUGGGCCGCCUGUCUGCUCAGUCUUCAGGGCUGCCC